UUCUUCCCGUCCUUGUACCCUGUUCUGGGAAAAAUGACCAGGAACGCAUCAAACAAGAGAACAAAGGCGGUUCUCAAGGUUACUCCGUCGGACAUCUCACCGGCGGCGGAAUUGAUUGCAGCAAACAUCGAUCUACUAAUGGAAAUCCUUCUACGGUUGCCUGUGAAAUCCACGAUCCGAUUCAAGAGCGUGUCCAAACAUUGGCUAUCCCUCCUCUCUGACACCCAAUUUGCCACCAACCACUCUACCCGAAACCCCAGACCUUCCUCCAUCUCAGGUUUGUAUUUCAACAGCCAAGAAACACUCAACUUCGUCUCCCUUCACGGCUGCCGCCAUAAUCUCCCCUCUCUUUCCUUCCUCAAUGGUCUCGGAGAGCGAUUCGGGACAGUUGAGGUGGCACACUCCUGCAACGGUUUGCUGUUGUGCUAUAAAAGUAGGAUGAUGAGGAUCGAUCGUCAUUUUGUGCACUACAACAUUGUUUGUAUUGUUUGUAACCCCACCACGAAGAAAUACACGUUACUUCCUAAACGUGAUGGAGUAGUUUGUGGUUGGAGUGUUUACUUGGUUUUUGAUCCUUCAAAAUCACCUCGCCAUUACAAAGUAGUAUUGGUCGGUUACAGCCCGGGCCCUUAUGGCCCUUAUCAAAUUGAUGUCUACAGUUCAGAGAGUUUAUGUUGGAGAAAGGUUAUCUCACACCAAGAAAUUUUUGGUCGUGGUAUCUUUUGGAAUGGAGCAAUCCAUUGGCUAACCUGUGAUGAUUUUCUGAAGAGAUUUGACAUUGAUGUGGAGGAGAUAAUAACAAUGCCAAACCCUCAGUCACCCAAAAUUCUACCUCGAAACAAAAUUAUGUAUUUUGGAGAAUGUGGUGGCGGUUUGAUACUUAUUCAGUCUCAUUCAUAUUGCUACUGCUCUAGUGGAUUAAGAAUCCUUGAGCUGGAAAGGGAUUACAGCAGUUGGGUUGUCAAGUGUCAGGUCAAUCUUAGGGCCUUAAUAUCUGCAUUCCCAGAGAUGGAAAGCAGGAGAAACAAAUAUUGCCUCCAUGGAUUUACAGUGUUGUGUGCUGCAAAGGGAGAGAGUGAAAGAGGUUUGGUACUCUUGUUAGCCAUUCCUGGGAGAAUUGUUUCCUAUAACCCCAAGAAAAAGACAUGGGAUGUGCUUCGUGAUCUAGUGCCGCGUGAAUUAGAGGCGUUGGAUUUGAACAUUAAUUAUGCCGUUCCUUAUAUUGAAACCCUUUUUCCAGUUUGAAUAGAAUCCUAAGUGUUCGAGCACGUAUGGAUUGAUUUUUGUGUUAACGGAGUAUCAACGAUGGUAGUAGUAUAUCUUAGUGCUGAAAAGUUGAAUACUUCUGUAGAAGUAGAUGGUUGAUGCAUAUUUUGCUUUUGUUAGCUCUUUUUUUUUUUUUUUUGAACGGCUUUGCUUUUGUUAGCUCUUAUCAUGAGCUGAUAUCAUUGUCUCUGUUAUCUAUCAUUAUAUAGUCUUGCUUAGAUUUCUAUCGAUCAUGAUUUUGCUCUGCUUCUUGUUUUAUUCUUCA